CCCAGCCUUAUAACCAUCCCAAUAACAAAAACCCUAACCCCCCAUCAUUCGAGCCGUUUUCCUCCCACCAAACACUCACGCAAUAACGUUCAAGGGUUGUAGGGUUUUGCCACAAAACCUCUCCCAAAACCCUCACUCCACACCUCCAAUGGCGACCUCAAUCGCCUCCCAGUUAAAGGCCAUCAAGUCUCUCAUCAAAACCUCCGAUUCAGACCCCCGCAAGCGCCCGUUUACUCGCCCCUCCAUCCUCUUCAACCCCAAAGAAGCCGCCGACCUCGACCUAGACACCUUACUCUCCAUCGCCAUCUCAGGUUUGGAGGUUCUUGUAAGCGCGGACGAGAGGUUUAGGAAUUACAAGAAUGAUUUGUUUAGUCACAAGAGUAGAGAGUUGGAUAGGGAGCUGAUGGGCAUUGAGGAAAAUAACCAAAUCAAUAUAGCCAUUAGUUCUUAUUUGCGGUUGUUAUCAGGUUAUUUUCAGCUCCCUUCGGCCUUAAAGACGCUCGAGUACUUGAUACGUAGGUUCAAGGUUCAUGUAUACAACACGGAGGAACUGAUUCUAUGUGCUCUGCCUUACCAUGACACCCAUGUUUUUGUUCGAAUCGUGCAGUUGCUUGACAUAGGGAAUAGUAAGUGGAAAUUUCUUGACGGUGUUAAAGCAUCGGGUGCACCGCCACCUAGGCAAGUUAUAGUGCAACAAUGUAUUCGUGAUCGGGGAGUUUUGGAGGCUUUUUGCAACUAUGCCUCACCUACGAAGAAGUUUCAUCCUUCUAAAGCCGUGAUUAGCUUCUGCACAGCAGUUGUUGUUGAGGUUUUGGGUUCUCUUACAACUCUUGAUGAUGACGUUGUGAAGAGAGUCCUUCCAUAUGUACUCUCCGGAUUGCAGCUUGAUGCCAAAGGUGGUCUAGAUCUCAAGGCUGGUGCUUUGAUGACUGUCAGUUUGCUAGCGAGCAGGGUAGCAUUAUCCCCGAAACUUGUCAAUAGCUUAAUAAGGUCAAUUGCUGAGGUAGCUAGAGAGGAUGCUAAAGAAUCUACUGAUUUGCAGUGGUUUCGCACUUCAUUUAUGGCCUUGGUCAAUCUAGUUCAGUUGCAAUCUGUUGUAAUCUUCCCCAAGAAGGCAGUGGAUAGUCUGAAAGAGAUCAGGGAUGUUUCGGGGAUUCUUGCUGGACUGACCAAGGAGUUCAAUAUCGACAAAUUCUUGGCUGUGUUUCUGGAAUCUCUCCUGGAGUACAGUUCUUCUGAUGAUCUUUGCCAUUUUACUCUAGUAUCAAUCAUAGAGGCAGUUCCUGUGAAGCAAUUUGUUAAUCGUAUAGUGUCUAAGCUCCUUUACUCUUGCAUGAGGUCAUCACAGAAGAAGAAUGAGCCCAUAUCAUCAGAAUCAGGAAGCUGGGCCAAGCAAAUUUUAAUCUCCAUUAAUAAGAUGUACCCAUCUGAAUUUCUUGGAGCAGUUCACAGUUUUCUGGAGGAUGCUAAAGUGCAAUCCAAGAAUGAUGGUUCCAUAGAUGAGAUCAUGUGCAGAAUAUUAGAUGGGAAUUUGGAUUUGUCCAUUGACGUCUCUGAUUCUAAAAUUUGGUUUGCACUGGAACAUCCAAAGGCUGAGGUUCGACGCUCUGCACUUUCUGGGUUGAAUGCAUUUGGCGUUCUCAAAGAGAAGUCUGUUGGUUCGGAGAGACUUGUAGCUAUUCAAGAUGCAGUAUUACGUCGGCUUCGAGAUGAUGAUCUUACUGUGGUGCAUGCAGCUCUAACUGUAAAUAGAUUGGAUGUCUGCAUUUGUCCUCCGGCUCUUAUUGAUGCGCUUGAGAAUGUGCUUCAGAGAUGUCUCGGAAUUGUAAUGUCAAUUGCAUCGGGUGACACAUCUCUACCUAGCGAUGUUGCUUUUUUGUGUCUCGAACGGGCUAUUUCAAACUUCCAAGAUCAGAAAGAGUUUGCAAAACAACUUGCAACGAUGACGUUUCCCUUGCUGCUAAUCGUACCAAAGAGUCAAAGGUUAAAUUUGAAGGCUUUAGGAUUGGCCAAGGGAUUAAAGUGGCCAUUCUACCAGAAUCUUAUCAUUCCCAGCAGCCUGGAGAAGAUGUUGGAUCAUGAGCACAUUUCUUCUACUAAUAUGGAUACGAUAAGAGGGAUGGCAGAAACAUUGUCAAGGCACCCUGAAGAGUAUAUGCCUUGGCUUGUAGAAUGCUGCAAGUUUUCGGAGCUGUCAAAGACAUUUUUCUUCUUGGUUUUGUUGCAGUCAUUCACGAUGCCUAAGAUUGAUGUUAGUCGGUUUAAUGCAUUGUAUGAUGCUUGCUAUCAAGUUCUGGUAGCUGAGUGGCAUGUGUUGAAGUCUGUGGGACUUGUAUCUGCAGAAGAGUCCAAGACAAGAAUGGUGGAUAGUGAUUGCAAAGGCUUUCUGGAUCAGCUGUUUGAGGCCAACUUUAACACCAAUUUUAGGCAACUGAAUUCGAAGAUACUAGUUUGCUUAUUUUGGAGGAUACUGGAGGUGUUUGUCUCAACAAUGCCGGCAGAUGUCUCAUUGGAUGAUAGUGGAAAGUGGAUGUCCACAUUUCAGGAUCUAUUUGUGUUCCUUGCUGACUCAGACCGGAAGAAUGUUUUCCAGAAGCAUCUUCACUUCCUAGUUACAAAAUGCAAGAUCUCUCCAGUCCGAUUUUUAUUGAAGCUUGUCACUGAAGAAGGUGUUUCUGUUGCUGUUCAAGUCGAGAGUCUUCAUUGUUUUGUGUUUCUUUGUUCUCAGUUAGAUGAAAGCUUACAUUUUGAACUUCUUGGUGAAUUUCCUUCGAUUCUUGUUCCACUGUCAAGUGAUAACAAGGAUUUACGGGUGGCUGCCAUGAGCUGUAUUGAAGGGUUGCGCACACUGUCGCCUCAUGUUGAUUUCUCCAAAUGGAAAUCUGGACAAAGUGCAACGUGUCCACAUUUUCUUGAUGAACUUCUGAGCCUGAUGGUUCAACAAAAGAAGCUGAUACUAUCAGACAGAGAUGUUUUGCCUUCAUUUUUAACAACUUUGCUGAGUUCUUCCUGCCAUAGCCUUUUAGUACCAGAGACAAUUGGACAGAGAUUCAAUCAAUCUAUAAAGAAUGAGAUACUGAUUUUCAUUCUACGCUCUGCCCUAAAACUUUCCACAUACGCAAAGCUAGUCAUUUUGUCCUUGCUUAAAGGACUAGGAAGAGGAGUUAUGCGUGUUGAGGAUGUUGAGUCGUUGCUCUCUGUACUUUUGGAAAGAUGUCGCCGGUAUCAUUUUGGGAAAGAAAAGACAUUCAAAAAAUUGUCAAAAGUUGAAGUUGAAACCCUCUGCCUACUAUUGGAGAGCUGCUCUGUGCCCACCUCUUCAUUUGAUGAGCCUGUUUUUGAAGAUCAACUAUUGGAGGUUCUACAGUUUGGUGGAGUGACCUCUGAAGAUUCUGCCAUUGUGCUGCCUUGUAUAACUGUGUUGAGGAAUCUCAAUGCUUCCUUUUACAGAGGUUUGAAAACUGAGAAACAGGAUCAACUUUUCCGAGACCUGGUGCUUCUGUUUCGGUCUGCUAACGGUGACAUACAAAAUGGCACUAGGGAGGCAUUACUGCGUAUAGAAUUUUCUUGCUCCACGGUCGUCAGGAUACUUGAUUCUGUUUUCGAGCAAGAAGUUUGCAUAAUUGGUUCUCCAUAUGGGAAGAAGAAAAAGAAACAUAUGUCUCAUCUUAACCAAAAUAGUGGAAGAACUGGCAAAAAUGAACUUUCUUUCCUGAGCUCUCUCCUAGAUUUUUUGCUGCUGAAGAAAGAUUUAAAGAACAGGACUUCCCUAAUAGGGCCCUUAUUUAAGCUUCUACGCAAAAUGUUUACGGAUGAGCCGGUUCACAAUGAUGUUGACCAGGAUGUGCAAACUAUGCAAGCUUCAUCGGGCAUCUCUCAAACCGUUUCCAGUAUGAUAUGCUACAAUCAACAGACGCUACUGUUGAUUCUGGAAGAUAUAAGUGCCUCACUUUCGACUAUUGUUCCUUCAAAGGAUGAUACAAUGAAUAACUUUGACUUGAAGCUUUUGAUUAAUUGCGCCCGAUCUACAAAGGAUGAAACCACUCGCAAUCAAGUAUUUUCAUUAUUAUCUACUGUUGCAAAGGUUGCUCCAGACAAAGUUUUGGCCCAUAUAGUGGAUAUUUGUACUCUUAUUGGGGAAUCAGCUGUCACACAGUGGAACAGUCAUUCACAAAGAGUGUUUGAAGUUCUCAUAUCGGCAAUAGUGCCUUGCUGGUUAUCUAAGAAUGGCAGCAUAGGCACAUUGCUUCAGAUUUUUGUGAAUGUAAUGCCUGAAGUUGCUGAGCAUAGAAGGCUGCCAAUUAUCUUGCAUCUUUUGAGGACUCUUGGAGAGAGUGCUAGCUUGGGUUCAUUACUUUUUCUCCUUUUCGGUUCAUUGGUUUCAAGGAAACUAUUAUCUGCCCCUGAUAAUAGUCUACACUCGUGGGAUCACUUAACUUCUCUUACUCGUAUAGAAUGGGAGUUUGUAUUUGCAAUGAGAAUAUCUGAGCAGUAUUCAUGCAUGAUAUGGCUUCCUUCACUUGUUAAGCUGCUUCAACAAAUAGAAAUUGGUACUUGUGGUGUACAAAGUUUUAAGGAACUGCUAGUUGCUAUGCAGUUCAUUUCAGACAAACUGCUAGAUCCUGAAAUUACAUUUAAGCUCAGUUCUGGUGAAGAAUCAGAUGACGUUCAGAGAACACUUGGAGCACUUAUGGAAUGUAUUGUUUCUCAUUUACAACUGGUUGACUCGAGCAGAAAGCAUGUAAAUUUUUCCACAGUCGUCAGGAAAGAACUGAAGGAGUUAAUGCGUACUGUCUUGAAAAAUAUUACGAAGGGGCUCAUGCCGUCAUCAUACUUCAAUGGGAUUAUUAAAUUGCUGAAACAUGCAGAUAGAAGUGUGAGGAGGAAAGCUCUCGGGCUUCUUUCGGAAACUGUCAGAGACUCUGACACUACGAAACUGAAGCAUGGGAGAAAGGGUUUGACUUCGAAGUCAAGUUCUUGGUUUCAUCUAGAUGACAGUGCUGUGGAGUCAUUUGGGGAGAUGUGUUUGGAAAUUGUCAAGUUGGUUGAUGAUUCUCUCGAUGAUUCUAAUACUUCAUUAAAAGUGGCAGCUGUUUCAGCGAUGGAAGUUUUGGUGUACAAGUUUCCUUCCUAUUAUUCGAUAUUCAGCAUGUGCCUCUCAUCUGUAACCAGACACAUCCAGUCAGACAAUGUGGCAUUCUCUUCUUCCUGCAUUCGAACGACUGGUGCUUUGAUCAAUGUGCUUGGUCCAAGGGCCCUUCCUGAGCUUCCUUCUAUCAUGGAGAAUGUGAUGAGUAGGUCUCGCGUUGUCUCCUCAUCUGUGUCUGCAAUAACCAAUUAUGGCGAAGAUAGAACUUCUACGUUGUCAACAUCCUCCAAGGAACCUCUCUUCACGUCUAUUCUUCUCGCAUUCGAGGCAGCUAUUGACAAGCUUGGUGGGUUUUUAAACCCAUAUCUUGGAGACAUUCUAAAACUCAUGGUGUUGCAUCCCAAGUUUUUGCCUGGAUCAGAUCCAAAAUUGAAAUCGAAAGCUGAUAUAGUUCGAAAGCUUAUAACUGAGAAAAUAACUGUCCGACUUUUGCUUCCACCGUUGCUGAGCUUGUACUCUGAUGCUAUUAAAUCUGGUGAUUCAAGUUUAUCAAUUGCUUUUGAAAUGUUGGGAAAUUUGGUCCGAACAAUGGAUAAAUCAUCAAUUGUUGCUUAUCAUGCAAAAAUAUUCGACUUAUGUUUGGUAGCACUUGAUCUUCGCCGUCAACAUCCUGUUUCAAUUAGGAGCAUUGAGGAUGUUGAGAAAUAUGUCAUCAACACAACGAUCUUUCUUACUAUGAAGCUUACGGAGACAAUGUUCAAGCCUUUAUUCAUUAGGUGUAUUGAGUGGGCUGAUUCAGAUUUGUAUGAAAGUGGAGGUGUGGGAAGCACAAAUCUUGAUAGGGCAAUUUCUUUCUAUGGAUUGGUACAUAGACUAGCUGAAAGCCACAGAUCUUUGUUUGUCCCUUACUUCAAGUACUUGCUUGAUAGUUGUAUACGACAUUUGACGGGCGCUGAAGAUGCAAAUGUUGCUGUGCCACGGAAAAAGAAGAAGGCCAAACAUCAAGAAGGUUAUAGUAAUGUAGAUGAGGAAAAUGGUACAGUGACGCAUCAAGUAUGGCAUCUUCGGACGUUGGUUCUAUCUUCCUUACACAGAUGUUUCCUUUAUGAUACUGGAAACCUGAAGUUUCUUGACUCGUCAAAUUUUCAGGUUCUGUUAAAACCUAUUGUAUCACAGCUGGUCGUAGAACCACCUGCUUCUUUAGAAGAAUAUGCAAGCAUACCUUCAUUAAAAGAAGUUGAUGAUUUGUUGGUUACUUGUGUUGGUCAAAUGGCUGUUACAGCUGGCACCGACCUUCUCUGGAAGCCCCUGAAUCAUGAGGUGUUGAUGCAAACUCGUAGCGAGAAGGUUCGAUCCCGCAUUUUGGGGCUGAGAAUUGUUAAGUACCUUGUGGAGAGUCUUAAAGAAGAAUAUUUGGUAUUAUUACCUGAAACCAUCCCUUUCCUCGGUGAAUUGCUGGAAGAUGUUGAACUACCGGUCAAGUCUCUUGCACAAGAGAUACUCAAAGAAAUGGAGUUCAUGAGUGGUGAAAGCCUCCGACAAUACCUCUGAUGUCGUUGAUUAGCUAUCCAAUUCCUUUGUAGCACACUGCAAGCGGUGGUAUACUUGAGAAAUGGCAACACGGUGGUGAAACUCGAUAGAACGAACUGUGCUUUCUGUGGAGCUGAUGCCUGUGUGCCUAUUUAUCGCAUGUACAUAAAUGUAAUGUAACAUGUUUUUCAUGGUCAGUGUACAUGAACUCAAAGAAGUUUUGACAUGAAUGCUCCUUUUUAUUUCAGUUGGUUUUAGAUUUUAGGGGGCAAAUUUUGUAGUUUCUGAUGUGCCCGGGUUGUUGAUACAUCAUGUAUGCAUUCUUGUUUAUGCUAAAGAUGGUAAUCAGUCACGUUCUGCUCAA